UGACAAACAAAACAAAACGCAUGUAUUUUUUACCAAAUGCCAAAUUUCAUUCACUUGUAUUUCAUUGACGUUUUUCUUGUUUGUAAAUAAAUCAGCUAGAAAUAGUACGUUAUGCUAAAUUAAACGCAUUCCUCAGCCAACUGAACAUUACGUAAACAACCAUUGCACAGGAAUUAAUUAAAAUCCAUUUAUUUCGCGUCAUAACCUAUCGACAAGUAUUUGUGCCAUGCAAUGACCGCCUUACAAAAGUGUUUAUAUUGAGUGAUAUAGUAUAACAAUGCCGCCGUUUCGGAGGAAAAAGACUUCCAAAUCGUUCCCCGUUAAAGUGUGUACACUCGAUGCGGAAUUGGAGUUCAACCUUGAGUGGCGAGCGACCGGCCGUGACUUGUUUGACCUGGUCUGCAGAACCAUCGGGCUCCGAGAGACCUGGUUCUUUGGACUGCAGUUUGAGGACACCAAACACUUUAUUAGCUGGCUGAAGCUAGAUAAAAGAGUGCAAGAGCAAUGCGUGUCGCAGAUGCCGGGCACGCCCUUCAUGCUGCUGUGCAAGCUGUACCCCGAGGACGUGGCCGAGGAGCUCAUCCAGGAGGUCACGCAGCAUCUGCUGCUAUUGCAGGUGAAGCAAGCGAUCCUGAGCAUGGACAUCUACUGCCCGCCCGAGGCGUCCGUGCUGCUCGCCAGCUACGCCGUGCAGGCCAAGUAUGGAGACUACGACGAGAGCGCGUGCAAGCCGGGCAUGCUGGCCAGCGAGGACCUGCUGCCGCAGCGCGUCAUCGACCAGUACCAGAUGACGCCCGAGAUGUGGGAGGACCGGAUCAAAAUAUGGUAUGCGGACCACAAAGGAAUGUCUAGAGAUGAAGCCGAGAUGGAGUAUCUGAAGAUAGCACAAGACCUAGAUAUGUAUGGCGUCAACUACUUUCACAUAAAGAACAAGAAAGACACAGACCUCUACCUCGGGGUCACAGCUCUAGGACUCAACAUAUACGAGAAGGACAACAAGCUGACGCCGCAGACCACGUUCCCCUGGUCCGAAAUCAAACACAUCUCGUUUGAUGACAAGAAGUUUGUGAUUAAGUUCGUGGAUAAGGGCGUGACGAAUUUUAUUUUCUUCUCGCCUAAAGGGAUGAAUAAAUUGAUCCUGGACCUGUGCAUCGGCAACCACGACCUGUACAUGCGGCGGCGCAAGCCCGACACCAUGGAGGUGCAGCAGAUGAAGGCGCAGGCCAAGGAGGAGAAACAGCGUCGUCAAAUAGAGAGAAACAAGUUAUCCCGAGAGAAGCAACUCCGAGAGGCGGCGGAGAGAGAGAGAGCCGCCAUGGAGCAGAGACUGCUGCAGUACCAGGAGGAGAUACGACUCGCCAAUGAAGCACUGCGUCGUUCAGAAGAGACGGCAGAACUGCUGGCGGAGAAGGGGCGCGUGGCGGAGGAGGAGGCGGCGCUGCUCGCGCAGAAAGCAGCUGAUGCCGAGCGGGAGAAUGCGAGAUUGAGGCUGACGAAUAUCAAGACUGAGGAGGAGAAGGUGCACCUAGAGCGCAAGACGCGCGAGGCGGAGUUCCUGACGGCGCGCCUCGUCGAGGAGUCGGAGAAGCGCGCCGCCGAGGCCGAGCGACUCAAAGCCGAAUUAGUAACCGCGAGAGUAGCGGAGAAACAAGCCAAAGAAAAGUUAUUAAAUUUCCUCAGUCGGACAUCAACGGGGUCACUGCCUACUGACACAUCACUAUGCAACGGAUCGUAUGGCUCGGAGACGCAAACUUGGACGUCGCCGCGGCCCGCCGCGCCAGCGCCGCCCGACAUCGACUAUACCUCAUCAACAGUCCCGUCAAGCCUGUUCCCCUCAACAUGUUCGCUGCCAGCGGUGCUCUCCCCCCCGUCCCCCGCGGCCGGGGGCGCGUCCCCCGAGCACGAGCUCACGGCGUACCAGCUGGUGCCUGAUGAUGCGGACCCGCACAUACAGAGGCUGUCUAUAGAGAUUGAGAAGGAGAAAGUGGACUACCUAGCGAAAUCCAAGCACUUACAACGGCAGCUAGACUCUCUCCGUUGCGAGUUCUCAGUCUUACGCGUCGAAGACUCCCACUUAGCAACUCUAGAUCGGCUGCACGAGGCGCAGGCGCGCGCGGGAGACAACAAGUACUCGACGCUGAGGAAGCUGAAGCAGGGCGCCGCGGCCGCCAGGGUCGCCUUCUACGACCAUCUGUGAGAUGCGGAUUCCACACGGCAUAUCCAACGCACACACGCGUACAUUUUGUAUGUUCAUACCAUUUUCUUCAUUUAUUUAUACUACGACAUAUUGUUAAGUACACUUUUUUACGAAACUAGGUGUAAACUAUAAAACAUAUAUUAGAUUGUGUAAUAUAAUCUGUUAUUGUGUAAGAUUUGUUUGUUGUAAUAUACAGGGUGUUGCAGAAGUGUUAAGUAUAGUAAACCGAAAGGGGGUGAAUUAAAGGGCUAUACUGAACAACUACAAAUACAAAUACAAUACAAUACAAAAUAUAUUUAUUUGACCCAUUUUCACACACAUUUUACAAAUACACAA